AUGGACUCGAAAUAUGGCCCUGUUCCUUCGGACGAAGAGCAGCAGUUUGAGGAAAAAUCUCUCCUGUCUCCUUUGCCAAAGUACACACAGGUCGUCCCUCCUCUGAAACGGUAUUCGACACACCCAUACAUUGUCUGGGUGUGUCAUGGAUUGCUGUUGUCUUUUUCACUGGCAUUCUUUGUUCUGUCUCUGAUACUUCACAUCCGACAACCCUUGAGCGUUGGCUGCUCCCAAGUAGCUUCUCCCUAUUCUCCCGCAGAUGUAGUAGCCAACUACCGGACGGUACGAUACAACAUAACUCCAACCCUCGAGAGAACCGAAUUUGUCGGGUAUGGCCCAGAGGUCGACAAGGCAUGGGAUCACGUCACAUAUGACGUUGGAGACCAAAUGAUCACCCGGGAAGAGCUUGAUCGACUGGGGCUUGAUCCCGCAUCUCUCACCAUCAAGAGCCCCAAAACGGGCCAAGUAGGCUAUCGUGUUGGCAUGCAGGUCUUUCACCAGCUCCACUGCUUGAACUUGUUGAGGCAGCAUAGUUUCAAGGAGUAUUACUCCGACAAGGGCGGAGACAUCGAUGUGGAGCCCAAGGACCUGAGAGGGCAUCUCGACCAUUGCAUCGAAGUGUUGAGGACAAACCUGAUGUGUCAAAGUGAUACUGGUGUAUUCACCUUCAAGCACUACAAAGGGUUUGAGAGCCAUUGGCCCGACUUUAGCACGCUGCAUACCUGCCGGAACUUUGAUGCUAUUCGGGACUGGGCUUUUGAGAAUGCUGUGGCGUUUGGGAAUGAGGAUGAUGAUAUUAAGAUGGUCAUGUAA